AUGUUGUCGCGCUACGUGGUUUCGCAAGUGAAACAUAAUUCCUACUUCCUGGUGGGUCUCGCGCUGGGACUAUGGGUGUCAUUGGCUGUAAUUCCACUAGACGAAGAGCCUUCCGUAGCAUGUUCCAGUCCUAUCGUAGCUGUGCCCGCUGAUGACGAAUAUGAACCACAUCGCGAGGAGCGCCUUCUCGGGCCUGCGGGUCAGACCGUCGGACGCAGUAUACAACGGCCUCGGUAUUACAGCAACGAAUUAGGCAUGAGAGCAUCUUUACUAACUGGGGUGUUGAGUUCUGAAGAAGCUUUGAAGAGCCAAAUAGCAGCAUUAAACCACACUACAGCCCGUCUGCAGCCUGCAUUGAAGUUCUUCAUUACUGCUAGUGCUAUGAGCUCUGUCCCCGGCUUAGCCAAUGUAGUGGGCUUUACUGAUACAAGAGAAAUACUGAAGCCCUUUCAUGCUCUUAAAUAUCUAGCAGAUAACUAUCUAGAAGAAUAUGACUUCUUUUUCCUGGUGUCAGACACAGCAUUUGUGAAUGCUCGACGCCUGACAGAGUUGGUGUCACAGCUGAGUGUCAGUGAGGAUGUGUACAUGGGCACCGUAGCUGAGGACGACAGUCACUACUGCUCACUAGAGGGUGGAGUGUUGUUAUCAAAUACGGUGCUUCGUGCAGUGCACAAUGAAUUGGACUGGUGCGUUCGGAACUCCUACUCGCCGCACCAUCACGAGAACAUCGGACGCUGUGUGUUGCACGCGGCGCAUCUCUCUUGCACGCCGCAGUUACAGGGCGAAACCUAUAAGUCGGUUCGGGCCGCCGUGUCCGAGAGCGGUCCGUCGCUGGGCGAGGAGUUGGCGGACGCCGUGACGGUGUUCCCCGUGACUCGCGCGGCGCACCUCUACACGCUGCACGCGUUCGUGUCGCGCGUGCACCUGCAGCGCGACCGCGCGCUCGUCACGCGCCUGCGCGCGCAGCUCUGGCGCGGCGCCGCGCGCCACCCGCCCGGCUACCGCAACGCCACCUGGCCCGGCGGCCUGCGCGCCGACCCCGGCCUCGCGCCGCCCCUGCCCGACACCAGAUUCGACCACCUGCGCUGGAUCUCGUUCAACGCCACGCACGCCUUCUACCCGGACGAUCACCGCGAGGUGGCUCUCGUCGAGGGAGCCCAUCGCGAGGCGCUCGACCUGGUGGUGCGGUCGGCGGAGGCGUGGGCGCUGCGGCGCUGGGAGGGCGCGCGCUGGGCGCGGCUGGUGGAGGGCGCCUGGCGCUGGGAGCCGGCGCGCGCGCUGCGCUACCGCCUGCUGCUGCGGCUGGGCGCGGGCGAGCCGGCGCGGCACGGCCUGCGCCUGCUGGAGGUGGCGCGGCCGCUGGGCGCCGUGCGGCUGGUGCCGGUGCGCUACGUCACGGAGAGCGCGCGCGUCACGCUGGUGCUGGGCGUGACGCCGGACCGCCGCGGCGCCGCCGACGCGCUCUCCUUCCUGCAGCGCUACGAGAGCGUCUGCAUCGAUCAGGACAAGAACACCGCUCUCGUCAUGGUCAUAGUCAACGAAGCGCGGCCGGGGGGGGGGGGCGCGGCCGAGCCCGACGGCGCCGCCCUGCAGCGCGCGCAGCUCGCCGCGCUCGACGCCGCGCUGCCGCUGCUGGCGCGCGACGCGCUCGUCCUGCUCACCGUGCCGCACGCGGAGUUCAGUCAGGACUUCCUCAACAGGGUGCGCAUGAACACGAUCGCCGGGUCGCAGUGGUACCUGCCGCUGCCGUUCGCGCGCUACUCGCUGUACUCGCACCCGCGCUUCGUGGCGCCGGGCGGCGGCAAGCCGGCCACCAACACGGGCCGCUUUAACGAGCGCGCGAGCCUCGUGUCGGCCUUCUACCGCGCCGACCUGGAGGCGGCGGCGGCGACGCGGCGCGGGUCGCGGGGCGCCCCCCCCGCCGAGCUGGCGCGCGGCCCCCUGCACUGCGUGCGCGCGCCCGAGCCGGCGCUGGUGCUGGCCCCGCGCCCCGCGCCCUGCCCCGCCGCCGCCGCCGCGUGCUGGCGCCGCGUGGCGCGGGGGGGGGCGGGGGCGGGGGCGGGGCUGGACCUGGGCGCGCGCCACUCGCUCGCGCAGCUGCUGCUCGAGCACCAGGCGGACGAGGAGCCCUGA